GAGAGCGCGACCGGGACGGUUGGAGAGGAAGGCGGCUCCCGGAAGGGGGAGAGACAAACUGCCGUAACUUCUGCCGUUCAGGAACCCGGUUACUUAUUUAUUCGUUACCCUUUUUCUUCUUCCUCUCCCCCAAAACCUUUUCCUUUACCCACCCCCUUUUUUUUUCCUUUUUGGGAGCCGAAAAAUCUCCGGAAAGGGGGAGAAGGUUUCCUUUCGUUCUUUUUCAUUUCCCCGCCUCCUUCCCUCCCCCACCUUUCCCUCCUCCGACUUUUAACUCCCAACUCAGGGAGGUCCUUCCCUGUGGCCGCCCCGACAGGGUCUGAGCACCUAGGCGGAGGCGGCGCAGGCUUUUUGUAGCGAGGUUUGCGCCUGCGCAGCGCGCCUUCCUCUGCCAUGCACGGGGGUGGUCCCCCCUCCGGGGACAGCGCAUGCCCGCUGCGCACCAUCAAGAGAGUGCAGUUCGGAGUCCUGAGUCCGGAUGAGCUGAAGCGGAUGUCUGUGACAGAGGGUGGUAUCAAAUACCCAGAGACGACUGAGGGAGGCCGCCCCAAGCUUGGGGGACUAAUGGAUCCAAGGCAGGGAGUGAUUGAAAGGACCGGUCGCUGUCAAACCUGUGCAGGGAACAUGACAGAAUGUCCUGGGCACUUUGGCCACAUCGAACUGGCCAAGCCUGUGUUUCACGUGGGCUUCCUGGUGAAGACGAUGAAGGUUUUGCGUUGUGUCUGCUUCUUUUGUUCCAAACUGCUUGUGGACUCUAACAACCCAAAGAUCAAGGACAUCCUGGCCAAAUCCAAGGGGCAGCCCAAGAAGAGGCUCACACAUGUCUACGACCUUUGCAAGGGCAAAAACAUCUGUGAGGGUGGGGAGGAGAUGGACAACAAGUUCGGCGUGGAGCAGCCUGAGGGUGAUGAGGAUCUGACCAAAGAGAAGGGCCAUGGUGGCUGUGGGCGGUAUCAACCCCGGAUCCGUCGCUCAGGCUUGGAGCUGUAUGCUGAGUGGAAACAUGUUAAUGAGGAUUCUCAGGAGAAGAAGAUCCUGCUGAGUCCAGAACGAGUGCAUGAGAUUUUCAAGCGCAUCUCAGACGAGGAGUGUUUUGUGCUGGGCAUGGAGCCCCGCUACGCUAGGCCUGAGUGGAUGAUUGUCACAGUGCUGCCUGUCCCCCCACUCUCAGUGCGGCCUGCUGUAGUGAUGCAAGGCUCUGCCCGCAACCAGGAUGAUUUGACUCACAAACUGGCUGACAUCGUGAAGAUCAACAAUCAGCUACGUAGGAAUGAACAGAAUGGGGCAGCAGCCCAUGUCAUUGCAGAGGAUGUGAAGCUCCUUCAGUUCCAUGUAGCCACCAUGGUGGACAAUGAGCUGCCUGGCUUGCCCCGUGCCAUGCAAAAGUCUGGACGUCCUCUCAAGUCCCUGAAGCAGCGCUUGAAGGGCAAGGAAGGCCGGGUGCGAGGGAACUUGAUGGGCAAGCGAGUGGACUUCUCAGCCCGCACUGUCAUCACCCCUGACCCCAACCUAUCCAUUGACCAAGUUGGCGUGCCCCGCUCCAUUGCUGCCAAUAUGACCUUUGCAGAGAUUGUCACCCCCUUCAACAUUGACAGACUUCAGGAACUAGUACGCAGGGGAAAUAGCCAGUACCCAGGAGCCAAAUAUAUAAUCCGAGACAAUGGCGAUCGCAUUGACUUGCGUUUCCACCCCAAGCCCAGUGACCUUCACCUACAGACUGGCUAUAAGGUGGAACGGCAUAUGUGUGAUGGAGACAUUGUUAUCUUCAAUCGGCAGCCAACCUUGCACAAAAUGUCCAUGAUGGGUCAUCGGGUUCGCAUCCUCCCUUGGUCUACGUUUCGCUUGAAUCUUAGUGUAACGACACCGUACAAUGCAGACUUUGAUGGGGAUGAGAUGAACUUGCACCUGCCACAGUCUCUGGAGACCAGGGCAGAGAUCCAGGAGCUGGCCAUGGUUCCCCGUAUGAUUGUCACCCCUCAGAGCAAUCGACCCGUCAUGGGCAUCGUGCAGGAUACACUCACUGCAGUGCGCAAAUUCACUAAGAGAGAUGUCUUCCUGGAGCGGGGUGAAGUAAUGAACCUCCUAAUGUUCCUAUCUACAUGGGAUGGGAAGGUCCCUCAGCCAGCCAUCCUCAAGCCCCGGCCCCUGUGGACAGGCAAACAGAUCUUCUCUCUUAUCAUACCUGGCCAUAUCAAUUGUAUCCGUACUCAUAGUACCCAUCCUGAUGACGAGGACAGUGGCCCUUACAAGCAUAUCUCUCCUGGGGACACCAAGGUUGUAGUGGAGAAUGGGGAGCUGAUCAUGGGCAUUCUGUGUAAGAAGUCUCUGGGCACCUCGGCUGGCUCCUUGGUCCACAUCUCCUACCUAGAGAUGGGUCAUGACAUUACUCGUCUCUUCUACUCCAAUAUUCAGACUGUCAUUAACAACUGGCUCCUCAUUGAGGGUCAUACCAUUGGCAUUGGGGACUCUAUUGCUGAUUCUAAGACUUAUCAGGACAUUCAGAACACUAUUAAGAAGGCCAAACAAGAUGUAAUAGAGGUCAUUGAGAAGGCUCAUAAUAAUGAGCUGGAGCCCACUCCAGGGAACACAUUGCGUCAGACUUUUGAAAACCAAGUGAAUCGCAUUCUCAAUGAUGCUCGAGACAAGACUGGCUCCUCCGCCCAGAAAUCCUUGUCUGAAUACAACAACUUCAAGUCUAUGGUGGUGUCAGGAGCUAAAGGUUCCAAGAUCAACAUCUCACAGGUUAUUGCUGUUGUGGGGCAGCAGAACGUGGAGGGCAAGCGGAUCCCAUUUGGGUUCAAGCACCGGACUUUGCCUCACUUCAUCAAGGAUGAUUAUGGACCUGAGAGCCGUGGCUUUGUGGAGAACUCUUACCUAGCUGGCCUCACACCAACUGAGUUUUUCUUCCAUGCCAUGGGGGGUCGAGAGGGGCUCAUCGACACAGCUGUCAAGACUGCUGAGACUGGGUAUAUCCAGCGGCGUCUGAUCAAGUCCAUGGAGUCAGUGAUGGUGAAAUACGAUGCAACUGUGCGGAACUCCAUCAACCAGGUGGUGCAGCUGCGAUAUGGCGAGGAUGGCCUGGCAGGAGAGAGUGUUGAAUUUCAGAACCUAGCUACGCUGAAACCUUCUAACAAGGCUUUUGAGAAGAAGUUCCGCUUCGAUUAUACCAAUGAGAGGGCCCUGCGGCGAACUCUGCAGGAGGAUCUGGUAAAGGAUGUGCUAAGCAAUGCACAUAUACAGAACGAGCUGGAACGGGAAUUUGAAAGGAUGCGUGAGGAUCGGGAGGUGCUUAGGGUCAUCUUCCCGACUGGUGACAGCAAGGUUGUUCUCCCCUGUAACCUUCUGCGAAUGAUCUGGAAUGCUCAGAAAAUCUUUCACAUCAACCCUCGCCUUCCCUCUGAUCUGCACCCCAUCAAAGUGGUAGAGGGAGUCAAGGAAUUGAGCAAGAAGCUGGUGAUUGUGAAUGGGGAUGACCCACUAAGCCGGCAGGCUCAGGAGAAUGCCACACUGCUCUUCAACAUCCACCUGCGAUCCACACUAUGCUCCCGCCGCAUGGCUGAGGAGUUUCGGCUCAGUGGAGAGGCUUUUGACUGGCUGCUUGGGGAGAUUGAAUCCAAGUUCAAUCAGGCCAUUGCCCAUCCUGGGGAAAUGGUGGGAGCUCUGGCUGCACAGUCCCUUGGAGAACCUGCUACCCAGAUGACCUUGAAUACUUUUCAUUAUGCUGGUGUGUCCGCCAAGAAUGUGACCCUGGGAGUACCCCGACUUAAGGAGCUCAUCAACAUUUCUAAGAAGCCAAAGACCCCAUCACUCACUGUCUUCCUGCUGGGCCAGUCUGCUCGAGAUGCUGAGAGGGCCAAGGACAUUCUGUGCCGCCUAGAGCAUACAACAUUGAGGAAGGUGACUGCCAACACAGCCAUUUACUAUGACCCCAAUCCCCAAAGCACAGUGGUGGCAGAGGAUCAGGAGUGGGUGAAUGUCUACUAUGAAAUGCCUGACUUUGAUGUGGCCCGAAUCUCCCCCUGGUUGUUGCGGGUGGAGCUGGACCGGAAGCACAUGACUGACCGGAAGCUGACUAUGGAGCAGAUUGCUGAAAAGAUUAAUGCUGGUUUUGGUGAUGACUUGAAUUGCAUCUUUAAUGAUGAUAAUGCAGAAAAGCUGGUCCUUCGUAUACGUAUUAUGAACAGUGAUGAAAACAAGAUGCAAGAGGAAGAAGAGGUGGUAGACAAGAUGGAUGAUGAUGUCUUCCUGCGCUGCAUUGAAUCUAACAUGCUGACAGAUAUGACCCUGCAGGGCAUCGAGCAGAUCAGCAAGGUGUACAUGCACUUGCCACAGACUGACAACAAGAAGAAGAUCAUCAUCACGGAGGACGGGGAAUUCAAGGCCCUGCAGGAGUGGAUCCUGGAGACGGAUGGUGUCAGCUUGAUGCGAGUAUUGAGCGAGAAAGAUGUGGACCCUGUGCGCACCACUUCCAAUGACAUUGUGGAAAUCUUCACGGUGCUGGGCAUUGAGGCUGUGCGGAAGGCUCUGGAGCGGGAGCUGUACCAUGUCAUCUCCUUUGAUGGUUCCUAUGUCAAUUACCGGCAUUUGGCGCUCUUGUGUGAUACCAUGACCUGUCGUGGCCACUUGAUGGCCAUUACCCGACAUGGAGUCAACCGCCAGGACACUGGACCUCUCAUGAAAUGUUCCUUUGAGGAAACGGUGGAUGUGCUUAUGGAAGCAGCUGCCCAUGGGGAGAGUGACCCCAUGAAGGGGGUGUCUGAGAAUAUUAUGCUGGGCCAGCUAGCUCCAGCUGGCACUGGCUGUUUUGAUCUCCUACUUGAUGCAGAGAAGUGCAAGUAUGGAAUGGAGAUCCCCACCAACAUCCCUGGCUUGGGGGCUGCUGGACCCACUGGCAUGUUCUUCGGCUCAGCACCCAGUCCCAUGGGAGGAAUUUCUCCUGCCAUGACACCCUGGAACCAGGGUGCAACCCCAGCCUAUGGCGCCUGGUCCCCAAGUGUUGGGAGUGGGAUGACCCCAGGGGCAGCUGGCUUUUCUCCCAGUGCUGCUUCAGAUGCCAGUGGUUUCAGCCCAGGUUACUCUCCUGCCUGGUCUCCCACACCAGGCUCUCCAGGCUCUCCUGGCCCUUCAAGCCCAUACAUCCCUUCUCCAGGUGGUGCCAUGUCACCCAGCUACUCGCCAACAUCACCUGCUUACGAGCCUCGCUCCCCUGGGGGCUACACACCCCAGAGUCCCUCAUAUUCCCCCACUUCACCUUCCUACUCCCCAACCUCUCCAUCCUAUUCUCCAACCAGUCCCAACUAUAGCCCCACGUCACCCAGCUACUCCCCAACCUCUCCCAGUUAUUCCCCAACAUCUCCUAGUUAUUCGCCAACCUCUCCCAGCUACUCGCCAACGUCUCCCAGCUAUUCACCAACAUCGCCAAGCUAUUCACCAACAUCACCCAGCUACUCCCCAACCUCUCCCAGCUACUCGCCAACGUCUCCCAGCUAUUCACCAACAUCUCCCAGUUACUCACCAACUUCACCCAGCUACUCUCCCACUUCCCCUAGCUAUUCACCAACAUCUCCCAGCUACUCGCCUACAUCUCCAAGCUACUCACCAACUUCCCCAAGUUACUCACCCACCAGUCCAAACUACUCUCCAACCAGUCCUAAUUAUACCCCAACGUCACCUAGCUACAGCCCAACAUCACCCAGCUACUCGCCUACUAGUCCCAACUACACACCAACUAGCCCUAACUACAGCCCUACCUCUCCAAGCUACUCCCCAACUUCACCCAGCUAUUCACCAACCUCACCAAGCUAUUCCCCCUCAAGCCCACGGUACACACCACAGUCUCCAACUUAUACCCCAAGCUCUCCCAGCUAUAGCCCUAGCUCUCCUAGCUACAGCCCUACAUCUCCCAAGUAUACCCCAACCAGUCCUUCCUACAGUCCUAGCUCACCAGAGUAUACCCCAACCUCUCCUAAGUACUCGCCUACCAGCCCCAAAUAUUCACCCACUUCUCCCAAGUACUCUCCUACCAGCCCCACCUAUUCACCCACUACUCCAAAGUAUUCACCAACAUCUCCUACUUACUCACCAACGUCUCCAGUUUAUACCCCAACCUCCCCCAAGUAUUCACCUACUAGCCCCACUUAUUCACCAACCUCCCCCAAGUACUCACCCACCAGCCCUACCUACUCGCCCACCUCCCCUAAAGGCUCUACCUACUCUCCCACUUCCCCUGGCUACUCACCCACCAGCCCCACCUACAGCCUCACCAGCCCAGCCAUCAGCCCGGAUGACAGUGAUGAGGAGAAUUGAGGGUAAGCAGGGUGCCGCAGCAGCUGGCUAGGACCAGGGGCAACCUUGGUGGCGCUGUGUAUUCCUCUGUCUCCCUCCUGGGCUGUGACCCUGGCCCACCUCCCUUUGUACAUAACUCCUUGUGACAAAGUUUGCCCUAUAAGUUCUGGAUCCUGUUUCUGAUAGGGCUUUUUGUCUGUUCUCCACUUGUGCUGUUUCAGAACCCACUGACCUAKCUGUGGGGUUCCUCCUGCCCUCUGCCUGACCCCACAGUGAAGGUCUUUCCUUGCCUGUGACUGGAUUUGGGGUUAAAGGGUCUUUUAACUUUGUAGGGGUAGUUCCUGCUCAGAGUUGUACAUCUGAUCCUCGGGAAGAACAAAGUUUAAGCUGCCUUUUGUCUGUUAUUUUAUUUUUUGAAGUUUAAAUAAAGUUUACUAAUUUUGACCAAAAGU